GCGCUUGCCUAGCUGGCAAUGUCUCCGGUGGAAUGGAUGCAUCUCAAGGAAUUGUCAACUGCUUUGGCGUACAAAAAACACGCAAAGCCGGUUGCCAUUCUCGCAUUUUGCAAUAAUCGAAAAGCAACAGCAAAGACAAAACCAACAAUUAAAACGUCAUUUCAGCUUGCAAUCUUGCAAAAAUAUGGUCAAGUAUCUGAGUCAAAGCGAGGCCAUCGAACUGGACCUCGAUCUAUUCGAGAUGUUCCAUGUGGGUCAGCUAAUGGAACUGGCCGGAUUAAGCUGUGCCGAUGCCGUGGCCGAGUGCUUUCCCGCCCAGACCCAUCCGCGAGUGUUGGUCGUCUGUGGCCCGGGAAACAAUGGUGGCGAUGGUCUGGUCUGUGCCCGGCAUCUGUCGUUGAUGGGCUACCAGCCCACCGUUUACUAUCCAAAACCCACACUGAUGUCGCUGUACGAGAAUCUGACCAAUCAGUGCCACCACAUGGAGAUACCUAGCGUUAAAAAGUGCCCCUCUUUGUCAGAUGCCGAGGAGGACUAUGACCUGAUCUUGGAUGCUCUAUUUGGCUUUGGCUUCAAGCCGCCGGUACGCGAAGAUUUUGUGCCCCUGGUAAAGAUGAUGCAGGAAACAAAGGUGCCAAUAGCCAGUGUGGACAUACCCAGCGGCUGGGAUGUGGAGAAGGGCAAGCAGAGCGAGUGCGACUUUGAACCGAAGCUGCUCAUCUCCUUGACGGCCCCCAAGCUCUGUGCAGAGCACUUCAAAGGAGAGCAUCACUACCUGGGCGGACGCUUUGUGCCGCCCGCCCUUCAGCGUAAAUACCAGCUCAAUCUGCCAGACUACGGCUCCAAGCUGGUUGUCAGGCUGUAAGUGUGUGUGUGUUUGUAGGACGCGUUUAAUCUCGAAAUAAACACAGAUUACACGGAUUAA